GAGUGAUGGCGCAACGCAGUCAGAGCGCGAGACUGGGAAAGUGAAGCUGCAGCUGACCGCUCCCAAAGGGAUUGACGGCACGAGCGGGGACCGUUAAGUUGGCCGUUGUUUUUGAAAACGUGGGCUCGUGACUCUGGAUCAUGCCGGCUGCUUGUGAUUCAUUAGUGGAAGACAUCGAAGAUAUUGUGUCAGCACAAGAUCCGACACCUCAUGAUCAACAGUUUGCAAAACGGAGCAUUGUCCCACAUGUUAGAAAGAGAAAAAAACACCAGCAGGAUGAGGGGACAGAUGAUGUACAGGCUGAUAGCGUUAUCCCUGGUGCACAGAAGAUCUGGGUGAAAACCUGGGGCUGUUCACAUAACAGUUCAGAUGGAGAAUAUAUGGCAGGUCAACUGGCGGUUUAUGGAUAUAAGAUUACAGAUAAUUCAUCUAAUGCAGAUUUGUGGCUGUUAAAUAGUUGUACUGUGAAAAAUCCAGCUGAAGACCACUUUAGAAACACAAUUAAGAAAGCUCAAGAACAGAAUAAAAAAGUAGUAGUUGCUGGAUGUGUUCCUCAAGCCCAACCACGGAUGGACUACAUUAAAGGCUUGAGCAUUAUUGGGGUUCAACAAAUAGAUCGUGUAGUUGAAGUCGUUGAAGAAACAAUUAAAGGUCAUUCUGUGAGGCUACUGGGUCAGAAGAAGGAUAAGGGUAAACGGUUGGGUGGAGCCAGACUAGAUUUGCCAAAGAUAAGGAAAAACCCGCUGAUAGAAAUCAUUUCUGUGAAUACUGGGUGCCUGAAUGCUUGCACAUACUGCAAAACCAAACAUGCAAGAGGAGAGCUGGCCAGUUACUCAGUUGCAGAGCUAGUAGACAGAGCCAUACAGUCAUUCCAAGAAGGUAUUUGUGAAAUUUGGUCAGAAAUGGGGCUGGUUAAUGAUGAUCACACAAUCUUCAGUUCCAUUAAAAAUUCCUCACAUAAUGAUGCCAUCUUUACCCACAUACAGAAAGACCUGACAGUGACCAUACUUGAAUACGUGGAACAGUCCCUUUUCCAUAGCUACACUGGCACCAUCCUCCACCUUUUCCUCUGCUACAUCAGUGACUGUAUUGAUACAGCCUCGUGCUCCCACGAGGAGCUUGAACGGUUCCACUAUACCUACGUCUUCCACCCUGACCUCAGAUUCAUCUGGAUCAUCUCUGACACCUCUCUCUCCUUCCUGGCCCUCUCCGUCUUCAUCGACCUACAUACUACUGAUAAGUACUUCAAACCCACCAAAUCCCACAGGGGUAUUCUUGUUAAAGAGUUCAUGGAAUGUGUUAAAGAUUGUUUCUUGGAUCAAUAUGUUGGGGCACCGGCCAGGAAGCGAGCUAUUCUAGAUUUGGAAAUGGCAAAAAUUCUCUGCCAUCCAAGGGUUUAUUCCUUCCUUCAUGUGCCAGUUCAGACUGGAUCAGAUAGCGUUCUUAUGGACAUGAAGAGAGAGUACUGCAUAGCAGACUUUAAGUUGGUAGUAAACUUCUUGAAGAAGCAGGUGCCAGGGAUUACAAUUGCCACCGACAUUAUCUGUGGUUUUCCAGGUGAGACAGAAGCAGACUUUCAAGAAACUCUGAAACUAAUUCAAGAGUAUAAAUUUCCUAGCUUGUUCAUCAAUCAGUUCUACCCACGUCCAGGCACCCCAGCUGCAAAGAUGGAACAAGUCCCAGCCCAAGUGAAAAAACAGAGAACAAGGAUGCUGUCCCAGCUAUUUCAGUCCUAUACUCCGUAUGAUCAUAAGAUUGGUGAAAAGCAGCAUGUUCUGAUAACAGAAGAAUCAUUUGAUGGCCAAUACUAUGUUGCACAUAACAAAUUUUAUGAGCAAGUUUUGGUGCCGAAGCAACCUGAACUACUGGGGAAAAUGAUCGAGGUAGAUAUUUAUGAAGCAGGCAAACAUUUUAUGAAGGGAAAACCAGCACAAAAUGGAAAGAUCUACACUCCUUCAAUUGUGAAACCAUUACUAAGGGGUGCAGUAUCAGGGAUGAUGGAGGAAUUUAAGACCAUUAAUGAGAAUGCACAUUACCGCUGGAGCAGUGAGAAGUCCUUCAGUGCAAGCCUGUUGCCUUGGAACCUGAAAUGCCCAAGAGUAAAGAUAGUGUCUUUAAGCCUGGCUGUGUUAGCAGUGAUAAUGGCUGUAACUAUAGCAAUAUUCAGAUAGGUCCUUUGAUGUCAACUGAACAAUUUUCUACCUAAAACGAGGUCUGAAACUGUGGUCUCAGUAUUUACACACAGUAUUGAGAUCACUGUAAUGAACAUAGUUUAUGUUUGAAUAUUUUACUGAAUCUUAUCUUGUUCAAAGCAAGUGGGUAACUUUUAUUUGACGUUUCUGUCCAUGGUAUUGCAAUGCAAGAUCAUGCAGUCAUUAGCCAAUGAGAAGAAUAUUUUUAUUCACUCUGCAAAAUCAUGUGUGUUCAUGUUCAAGAGUUUUAAGUGUAUAAAAUUUAAUAAAGCAGAAGUGUUUUGCACA